CGACACGAAACAGCCACUUCUGGGCUUCUAGGCAAGACAGUAUUCUUUUUCUCGACUGUGUUUUCUCAACCUCAAAAAAAGUGUUAAACAUAACAAUUGUUUAAACGUUUUAGUUAAUUUACCAUCGGAUAAUUUCAUUAAAUUUUUUAUUUACAAUGCCUUCAUCAGCUGAUGAUCCUUAUGCUCAAGUGUCGAAAGGAGCUUUGAAAUUAAAAAAUGUUGAAAUAAUUAGUAAAAAAAAAAAGCGUAAGGAACAGAAGAAGAAAAAACUCGUAGAACUUUCGAAGGUUGUUGAAGAAGAAAGUAAUUCUAAGCUAGUAGAAAUUAAGAAAACAAAAGCAGAAUUAGCCUUUUUAAAAAUGCAGGAAAAAAUGCAAACGGAAAGAAUUAAACAGAAGGCUUCUAAAACACAUAAACAGAGAGUAGAAGAAUUCAACAGACAUCUAGAUAGCUUGACAGAACACUUUGAUAUACCUAAAGUCAGUUGGACAAAAUAAAAAACUUCAAUGUCUUUAUUAAGUGUAGACUUCUUGGAUAAUUUAUGGUAUUUUAAUGUUUUAAGAUUUUUUCAUUUGAGAUUAAUCACUUAGUGUUCUGCAACGAAUACGUAAUUGUAAAAUAAAUACUUCGUUCAGAUUAGUUCUAAAAAUAGACAUGUAAUUAAAUAAGAAACAUUAAAUUAAUUUUUAAUUCUAUUUUUAUUGUGCUCAAAAAC